GCGACUCUUACGCGGGAAAUUACUAAUUCUGACUGAGCUGGACAACAGAGAAGGUCGGUGCUGGAUAUAAAAAUUGCAAAGAAAUGAAGGUGGUAACACGUGAGAUAGCAUGGCACAACAAGGAGCCAGUGUACAGUCUGGACUUCCAGCACAGCUCAGACGGACGCACUCAUCGACUGGCCACAGCUGGAGUGGACACCACAGUCAGGCUGUGGCGGGUGGAUGCUGGUCCAGACGGGAAGGCGGUGGUGGAGUUUCUGUCUAAUCUGGCUAGACAUACAAAAGCUGUCAAUGUGGUGCGUUUUAGCCCUAAUGGAGAACUGCUUGCUUCAGGAGGAGAUGAUGCAUUAAUUCUGCUGUGGAAACUCAAUGACUCGAAGGAGCCCGAGCAGGCCUCUGCAUUUCAGGAGGACGAGGAUGCUCAGCUCAACAAGGAGAGCUGGACUGUGGUCAAAACUCUAAGAGGGCACAUAGAGGAUGUGUAUGACAUCUGCUGGACGCGAGAUGGAAACUUCAUGGUGUCUGGCUCUGUUGAUAACACGGCUGUCAUGUGGGACAUCAACAAAGGACAAAAGCUUUCUAUCUUGAAUGACCACAAGAGCUACGUGCAGGGGGUUACCUGGGAUCCUCUGGGACAAUAUAUUGCCACUCUCAGCUGUGACAGACUGCUGCGUGUGUACAGCACUCACACCAAGAAGAAGGCCUUCUGUGUCAGUAAAAUGAGCUCUGGGCCACUUGCAGAAGGAGAGGUGAAGCAGUACCGAAUGUUCCACGAUGACAGCAUGAGGUCCUUCUUUCGCCGUCUUUCGUUCACACCAGACGGGUCAUUCCUGCUCACUCCGGCUGGAUGUGUGGAGAUAGGAGAAAACAUCAUGAAUACCACCUACAUCUUUUCCAGGAAGAGUCUAAAGAGGCCUAUAGCCCACUUGCCGUGCCCAUCUAAAGCUACACUGGCUGUGCGCUGCUGCCCUGUCUACUUUGAAUUGAGGACAAAAAAAGGAGAAGACGGCUCUAUCCAGGCUCUUCCAAAUGUGUUCCAGCUGCCGUACCGUAUGGUGUUUGCCGUGGCCUCUGAGGAUUCAAUCUUGUUGUAUGAUACACAGCAGACCCUUCCAUUUGGCCUUGUGUCCAACAUCCACUACCACACACUCAGUGAUCUCACAUGGUCUCGGGAUGGCUCCUUCCUGGCUGUGUCCUCCACAGACGGUUACUGCUCCUUCCUGUCCUUCUCUCCAGGGGAGCUGGGCACUCCACUGAAAGAGCCGCCCACCCUGGAGGUCUUUGUCCCAAGCAGUGGUGUUGAGAAAAAAGGCAAGAAGGCAUCAGUGGCCAAGAGCUCAUCUCCUGUAUCUCAGCCGUCAAACUCAGCCCCAGCUGCCACAUCCCAAACUAGUCAGGGCUCUCUAACCUCCCCAGAGGAGAAGAAGAGUGCCAACUCUAAACCUCAGCCCCGCAGGAUCACCCUCAACACCCUGGAGGGUUGGGGGAAACCCACUACCCCUAAAGCCACAGCCUCUGCAUCACCUCAGACCCCAAAAUCUGGGAGCGCAAGUGCACCCUCCACUCCCCAACCACGCGUUACCCCCCUCACUCCUUCCACACCAAAAGUUCUCAACAGCGUCAAUAAUGCUGGGUCCACAACACCGAAGGGUGCAACCACCUCAAAAGGACCCACUCCAAGGAGAGUAUCUUUGACUCCCGUUGCAUCACGGCCCCCAGCUGCUAGUUCACUCUUCAGCCCUCUCUCUUCCACGGAAAAGGCCAAACAUGGUCGUACCUCUCCUUCCACCGAUCCAGUGUGCCAGCCACCAGAAUCUAAACGACCCAAGACCAGCGACCCCCAAGCAAAGACCGGUGCCACCCAGGGCUAGUGCAAACUGAGAGAAGUGUGGUGCUGUAAAAUAAGACUAGAGUACAUAAAGCAGAAUGGAAGCUGAAGACACUUCAGUGUAAGAGCUGAGGGUCCCCAUGAAUUCGUACCAUAGUGCAAUAGCAUUGCCUUUGCAUCAUAUUGAUCUAAGCAGAUGAAGCUUUACAUUUGAUGUUAUGUAUUCAGAGAAUUUCAGUUUAUUUUCUUGUAUUUUCUUGUUUAAGGUGUUUUGUAUCAUACAAUAAACAGGUAAUGAGUUAAGUGUAUUAUAUUUGAGUUGUGUGACAUUUAAAAGCUUAAGAAAAGUUGUUUCACUUGUCCAGAAAAUGAUUGUGAAGAGAAAACUGUACUGAAAACCUGUAGAAGAUAAUAACAAGCACUCAAAGGGUUUUGACUUUGUGUGAGCUUUGAAUAUAUAACAUGCUGAAGACUCUGGUUCAGUAGCUUCACUUCUACUGUUAAGCUUUUACAUUUUCUUAUGUAAUAAAGGAUGUUUGAUAUAGAGUGUAAGUUCAGGUGGUUUAUGACAUGAUGUUGAAAUCACAAGCAGGAAAAUAAUAAUUAUGUCAUAGAAAUGAAGUCUUCUUAAAACCAAACUGAUCUGAAGGUAAACAUCUGCCAUCUUUACAGUUCAAAUAGCCUGCAGUCAUUGUAGAGGUAAUGCCA